UCUCCGCUCCAUCCCGCCCCGCAUCACCCCGCCCCGCUCCGCUCCAUCCCGCCCCGCAUCACCCCACACGUUUCCCAACAGCUGCGGGAGGGAUGGAAAACGCCCCGUGUGCGGCUCAGGAUCAGCCCCCGUCCCCCCCACCUUCCCGGGGCCACCGGGGGCUCUGAGCCCUGGCGCGGGGCUGGGGCCGGGGGUGCGGGGCCGGGGCGGCCCCGGGGCUGUGCUCGGCCCCGUUGUUAUGGAACCGGAGGGAAACAGGAGUAAACACAUCCGCGAGCCUUGGCCGGAGCUCAGCGGGGAGCGGCUCCUCCGCCCCGAGCAUCCCGGGGAGGGGGCUCCGGUGGCCGCGGGCAUCCCGGGCGGUGCCAGCGGGGCUUUGCCCUGCCCGAAAUCACGACGGGUAAAGGAGGGGAUCCCACGGCACCCCCUGAGCCUCAGGUCCCUCUCCGCGACGCCCGCGGUGGAGGAGAAGGAGCUCCCGGGAUGAGCUCAUUGCGUUGGGUCGGAUCCCGGUGCUGAGCGCUCUCCAACCGGGCUGGCUCCGCUCCCGCCCGGGGAGCACCGCGGGGGAUGGGGAGGGAGGGGGGGGCCUCUCUCCGCCUGUCCCGGGGACUGCCAUCCCCGCUAAAGCAGCCCCUCUCCCCCGGUCGCCCUCCCCGGUUCAACCGGGCUGGGAUGCUCCGGCGCUGACCGGGGCCGCUCUGGCUCGCAGGGAGGCGGCUCCAGACUGUUUGACCUCCCGGUGAACCGGCGCCUGCCACGCUCAAUUUCUGUGACCGGGAGCUGUACCGGAGCCAGGCAGCGUCUCCCGGUGCUCCCUGCCCCGUUCCGUUCCUUUUCCCCCCGCCCCAUCGUCCGGUGUGGCUUACGGCCGAGGCCGCCGCUACCGGGAUCCCCGGGAUGCGCGCCCGUGAUUGACGGCUCUUUGUUUCCUCCUCGGGCCCCUCCCCGCCCGCGCCACCCCGCCCCGCCGCGCUCCGCUCCGCACCGGGGGGAACCGGCGGUUACCGGCGGUAUGGGGGCAGCGGCACCGGCGGCACCGGGGGGACCGGCGCUGGCCGCGCUGCUGGCGCUGCUCCUGCUGGGAGCCGCGGGCUCUGCUCGCACCGGGCUGCAAGUCAUCGACCUGCUGAUGGUGAGCGAGGCCCGGCAGAUGGCCAGCGUCACGCACAAGAUCCGGAUGGAGUUCCUGACCGUUAACGACGUUUACCUCCUCUCCACCUUCCGCCUGCCUCCUAAGCAGGGGGGGACCCUCUUUGGCCUCUACUCCAAGAAGGACAACACAAGGUGGCUGGAGGUCUCCGUGGUGGGGAAGAUCAACAAAGUCCUGGUGCGCUACCUGCGGGGAGACAACAAGCUGCACUCGGUCAACCUGCAGCACGCGCAUGUGGCGGACGGGCAGAGCCACACCAUCAUCGUGCGCUUGAGCGGGCUGCGCGCGGACAUGCUGAGCGUGGAGCUCUACGUUGACUGCAAGCAGAUGGAUUCCAGCGUGGGGCUGCCCGAGCUCUCGGAGAUCCCCCUGGCAGAGGUGGAAUCCAUCGAGUUGCGCACGGGGCAAAAGGCUUACCAGAGGAUGCAGGGCUUCGUGGAAUCGAUGAAGCUGAUCCUGGGAGGGUCCCUGAGCCGUGUCGGGGCGCUGAGCGAGUGCCCUUUCCAAGGAGAUGAGUCCAUUCACAGUGCAGUGACAAGCGUGCUGGCCUCCAUCCUGGGUGAGCAGACAAAGGCGCUGGUCACUCAGUUAACCCUCUUUAACCAAGUCCUGACUGACCUGCGGGAAGACAUUAGAGACCAGGUGAAGGAGAUGUCUCUGAUCCGCAACACCAUCAUGGAGUGCCAGGUCUGCGGCUUCCACGAGCACCGGUCCCGCUGCAACCCCAACCCCUGCUUCAGCGGUGUGGACUGCAUGGAGACCUACGAGUACCCCGGGUACCGGUGUGGACCCUGCCCGCCGGGGCUGGAGGGCAACGGCACGCACUGCGCCGACAUCGAUGAGUGCGCUCAUGCCAACCCGUGCUUCCCCGGUUCCAAGUGCAUCAACACGGCCCCAGGCUUCCGCUGCGAGCCCUGUCCCCGUGGGUAUCGGGGCAACAUCAUCUCUGGCGUGGGGGCCGACUACGCGAGGGCCAGCAAGCAGGUUUGCACAGAUAUCGAUGAAUGCAACGACGGCAACAACGGGGGCUGUGACCCCAACUCCAUCUGCACCAACACGCUGGGCUCCUACAAGUGUGGUCCCUGCAAGUCAGGGUUCGCGGGGAAUCAAACAUCGGGCUGCGUCCUGCAGAGGUCCUGCAGCACUCCCACCUCCAACCCCUGCGACAUCAAUGGUUACUGCGUGUUCGAGAGGAACGGCGAAGUUUCCUGUGCGUGCAACGUGGGCUGGGCUGGCAACGGCAACGUGUGUGGGCAAGACACAGACCUGGAUGGUUAUCCGGAUGAGCCCCUGCCCUGCAUCGACAAUAACAAGCACUGCAAGCAGGAUAACUGCCGCCUGACACCGAAUUCAGGGCAGGAGGACGCCGACAACGAUGGUAUUGGCGACCAGUGUGAUGAUGACGCCGAUGGUGAUGGCAUCAAGAAUGUGGAGGACAACUGCCGGCUCUUCCCCAACAAGGACCAGCAGAACUCAGACACCGACUCCUUCGGGGACGCCUGUGACAACUGCCCCAAUGUGCCCAACAACGACCAGCGGGACACGGACAGCAACGGCGAGGGGGACGCUUGCGAUAACGACAUCGAUGGGGACGGGAUUCCCAACAUGCUGGACAACUGCCCCAAGGUACCCAACCCCCUGCAGACGGACCGGGACGAGGACGGCGUUGGGGACGCCUGUGACAGUUGCCCUGAAAUGAGCAACCCCACUCAGACAGAUGUGGACAGUGACCUGGUAGGAGACACCUGUGACACCAACGAGGACAGCGACGGGGAUGGGCAUCAGGACACCAAGGACAACUGCGCUGAGAUCCCCAACAGCUCGCAGCUGGACUCAGACAACGAUGGGCUGGGGGAUGACUGUGACAAUGACGAUGACAACGAUGGCAUCCCUGACUACGUGCCGCCUGGCCCAGACAACUGCCGUCUCAUCCCCAACCCCAACCAGAAGGACUCAGAUGGCAACGGCGUAGGUGAUGUGUGCGAGGAGGACUUUGACAAUGACACAGUGGUGGACCAGCUGGAUGUGUGCCCCGAGAGCGCCGAGGUGACGCUGACUGACUUCCGCGCCUACCAGACGGUCAUCCUCGACCCUGAGGGAGAUGCCCAGAUUGAUCCCAACUGGGUUGUCCUCAACCAGGGCAUGGAGAUUGUGCAGACCAUGAACAGUGACCCAGGCUUGGCUGUUGGCUACACAGCCUUUAACGGGGUGGAUUUCGAGGGCACGUUCCACGUCAACACCAUCACCGACGAUGACUACGCCGGCUUCAUCUUCAGCUACCAGGACAGCGCCAGCUUCUACGUGGUGAUGUGGAAGCAAACGGAGCAGACGUAUUGGCAAGCCACCCCAUUUCGUGCCGUGGCGGAACCGGGGCUACAGCUCAAGGCGGUGAAGUCCUCGACGGGACCUGGAGAGCAUCUGCGCAACGCGCUGUGGCACACAGGCCACACGCCCGACCACGUCCGCCUGCUCUGGAAGGAUCCGCGCAACGUGGGCUGGCGGGACAAGACGUCCUACCGUUGGCAGUUGAUGCACAGGCCCCAGGUGGGCUACAUCAGGGUGCGGCUAUUCGAGGGCCCGCGGCUGGUGGCCGAUUCUGGGGUGGUCAUCGACACCACCAUGCGUGGAGGGCGGUUGGGGGUCUUCUGCUUCUCCCAGGAGAACAUCAUCUGGUCCAACCUGCAGUACCGCUGCAACGGUACGUGUACCAUGGCCCCCACGGAAACCACUGAGCUGACGACAGAGACCAUCACUACGGAGUCGACCACCAUGGAGACAACCACUAAGGCAACCACCGCACCCCACCUGACCACUGCUCCGAACAUCACAGCCUCCAAAACCACCAAUGGCACCAAGACCCCAACCUCCGGCUCCUCCCACGCCACAAUCUUCCCCACCGCAGGCAACACCACCAACUUCCACACCAGCAACAGCUCCGCAGGUGCCACGACCAACAGCACCACGGUGCCCGUCUCCAACAGCACCGCCAUCUCCCACGCCAACGCCACCACGAACAGCAGCAACUGGGUCUCCCCCUCUGGUACCAACACAACGCACAACAUCUCCAUCAUUCCCACCUCGCCCACGGAUGGUGGCAUGGUCAUCCCCCACACCAAAGGCAAUGUGAGCAGCAGUGCUUCGGUCCACCCCACCGAGAAGACGUCAGUCACCUCUCAGGGCAACACGGCUCCUAGGCAGACCCCCACGGUUGUGCAGGACAACAGCGAUGGACCCAACCCCAGCAAAACGGUGGUCCUGCUUCCCACCGCGGUCCAGCUGCUCCUCCGUGUCCCCUUGUCCUUCCGCAUCCUCAACAGGAGCUUCAACGAGAGCCUGCGUGACCCCACGUCGGAGGAGUACAGGAGCCUGAGCCACACGGUCUUGGCCAUGUUCAAAACCGUCUUCGGCUGCACGAGGUGCGUGGGCAGGCAAACUUACAAGGGAUGCAGCGAGCUCAGUUUCAGCCAAGGCUCAGUGAAGGUCCAUUCCACCCUCGUGUUUGGGCAAGGCAACGACACCAUCACCGGCAGCUUCGCCGAGGAGCAACUGAGGAACAGCCUGGACCCAAAGGGUUUAAUCAUGGACCUGCAGCUCGCCGACAUCCAGAGCACUGUGGAGACACCAUCUUCGGGAGCAGCGCCUGCAGUCCCAGGUUGGGGCAUUGCUCUUCUGGUCCUGGUCUGCAUCCUGGUGCUGCUGAGCAUCCUCACCUGCCUUCUGCUGAUCACCUGCGCCUGUCGCCGGAAAAGCCGAGGGAAGCUGGACCUGUUCAGCACGAAGGACUCCUACCACCCCAUGGCCGAGUACCCGCCGUACCAGAGCCACGGGCGCUACGUGUCACCCAACAGCAAACUCAACACCUGUAGCCAGGUGGCCGGCAGCAACGGCGCGGGGAGCGGCACCUUCACCUACACCAACCCCGCUGCCGCCUCCGACAACCUCUGAGGGACACCUUGGGAUGGAGGACGACCACCGUGGGGACGAGGUGACCGUGGCAACUCCUAGGGGAGCAGCACCCCAGGCGCGUCCCCUGGUGUUGCUCGGCCCCUCGCCGCGGGCAGCGGGAGCCGGAACGUUCUGGAGCAGCUGGAACUUGCGCAUGACAGAACUGAAUGAACAAAGAUUUGGGGUGCGACGGAGGGUCCCCCGGUGCCCCCCGGCUGCUGUUUGCUUGCUUCUUCUUCGGGUUGGCAGCGCCGGGCUUGGCUUGACGGGGAGCGCGGUGGCGGGGCCACGGCCGUGGUCUAUUUAUCGCAUUUUUGACAAUAAAAU